AUGAGUGAACUAGAAGCUACCAUCAAGCAAGCCAAAGAAGCUCUGGCUGAAAAUAAUGCCAAAAAAGCACUAAAAAUAUUGAAACCGUUCAAAAGUUCACUAAAGAAAGAAAAUGCAAACAAUGUGAUACUAAACGAAGUAUAUGCGGAAGCGUAUUUGGAUAAUGGCCAAGUGGAAAAAGCCUAUCCCAUUUUAGCACGUGCUUGCGAAUUAGAUUCAGAAGGGCAAGUUGGUGGGCCAAACAAGUUUUUCACCAUGGGUCAAAUCAUAGGUGGACAAGAUGGUGUUUCAAUAAUAACUCGUGGAAUAGUGAGUAUUUCCAGUAUUGCUGGCGACAAAUUAACAAAUGAUCAAGUUGAAAAAAUUGUUGGUGGGCUACUUUCUAUGAUUGAGAUAUGGAUGACUGAUUUGUGUAUGGAACAAAAUGCAGAAGAACAGUGUGAGGAGUUAAUACAGAGAGCUAUGGAACUCACAGAUGGAAAAUCCCCUGAAACGUGGUCCACUUUGGGUUCAAUUAGAAUCUCUCAACAGAAAUUUGGUGAAGCGUAUGAAGCAUUCUCGCAGGCUUGGAAGUUCUUUGACCUAAGAAAACAAGAAAUUGGUGAUGGUAUAAAUGAAAACAAUAGCGUAGCCCAGACUAUUGGCUUGCAGUCAGAGUUUGUAGAUCUUUUACAACCUUUCUUAUCUUUGGCCAAGAUGUGCCUCGAAGUGGGCGCAUAUGAGGUCGCCUUAAAGGUUAUUACGGCAGUAAGAGAUAUUGACGAAGAUAACAUAGAAGGAUAUUACCUGGAGGGGUUUACUUAUUAUUUGAUGAGUAAAUUGGAAAUCUUCAAGCUAAAAAACCCUGAAGUAAAUCUCAAUCCAGAAAAUAUAUACGAGUUCAACCAGGUUAUUCAAGAAGUUCCAUUAGACUUAUCCAACGAAUUGAUUACUCAAUUUGUCUAUGAUUCUCGUUUAGCAUUGAGUUUUGCAUUACAAAUGGGCAUUAAUGCUGAUAGCAAGGAUGAAGUUGUACAAGAAUUAUUGGGUGGUGCAAACGCGUUGCUUCAAGAGAUCGGAGGACCUGUGGAUUCAAAAGAAUUGUCACGAGUUAAGAAGGGAGAAACAAUCAAUGAGAACGAGGAUUUUCAAGAGUUGGAUUUAGUGGAGGAUUUUUCUGACUAG